AUGGGUGAUACGUCAUCGCGCGUCGUGGCACGGGGAGCGUGGAAAGCCCAAGCUGAUUUUCCGCCGUUUGCAGACGUGCCUCAUAUAUAUAUGCAAGAUGAAGGCUUUUCUCCCCUCCCGCCGCUCUCUUCGUCACCUUCUCUUGCUCGCCGCCUACUCCGAUAUCAUCAUCCGCGUCCCCCUCUCCUCGAACCACGUCAUACUCUCAAGCCGCUUCCCGUUCUCCUCGAAUUGCUUCAUAUUCUCAAGCCGCGUCCCCUUCUCCUCGAGUCGCAUCAUAUUCUCAAGCUGCAGUUCCAGGCUCUAUGCCCCCUCUGA